AUGAAAAACCACAUGAAUCAAAAUUUUCGUGCAAGAUUUAGUUCAUUAAAUACGCAACCAAACUCCGAAGACUUUAUACUGUCGUGCAGUAGUAGCGAGAACGAAUGUGAGAAUGUCAUUCCACGAAAACAUCUUUAUACCAAGAGAAAGAGGACCCCUAGCAAGAAAUUAAACAAUGUAUCCAAUUUAGAUAUCACGAUAACAGAUGUGUCGCAGGAUCAGUUAAAAGUCAAGAAAUCACCUAUACUACUGCCUAAAAUGUUAAAAGAAAAUCGUAUGCCAGAUUGUAAGAAUGGAGAAGUUACAUCACCGAUAUUAGUACCAAAAAGUAUGCCAUCCAGAUCUAAAAGCCCAAUAUUACCCGUGAAAUCUAAGCAAAGUAGCCCUAGUGUUUGUAAAAAGUUAUUUCAACCUGCAGCUGUUAGUAAGAAAAGAUGUCUUUCACCCAUAUUAAAUACAAAUAAGAGAAAAUCCUUCAUCGAGAUAAAAAGUGAACAAUUAGACACAUCAGAUGAAAACCAGAACUUAAUACAAAUAAAUAUGGAACCUCAGACCAACAAUACAAAAUUAGUAGAAAAAGUAAAGUCAUAUUUUGAAGGUAAUUUUAGUUCGGAGUCACCCUCACAAAACUCAAUUAGCGAAUACGAUAGUCCCAAAAGCAAUUCAAGAACAAGUGAAGAAAUCGACAUCGUAGACGCCUCCCAAGGUCUACCGCCACCUAUGAAACAAGAACAAUUUUCUACCACAGAUGAUAUCACAGCAACAUCAAAGAAGGUUAAGUACAAAAAGGAUGGUUUAGCAUUCCGUCUGAAUAUAUUGUUAAGGAAACAAAAAGCUAACUUAUCAUUGUGGCAACAUGAACGGUUUUUAGCUGAUAAUUCAAGCUUCGUAAUGCCGAAAGAGGUUUACACAGCGUAUCGUAUUAAAAAGGUUGAUUUAAAAUUUGGCUGCGUUUUGUUACUGGCAGUUGAUAGUAAAGAUGAUUUAUUUUUAAUUUUGAUUAACAGUCAACAUAUUGACUUGUUACCUUUUGUAAUUGCACGGAAAUAUGGAUGUUGUAAGUCAUCAUUGGAAAGCGUUGACAAUCGUCUUGAUUUCACUCUCUUCUGUGGCACUUGCUAUAGACUGCUUCAAAUGUGUGUCAAUGAAUGGCCGAUUUCCCGCCUGUGA